AUUUCGAAAUUAUUUUGUUGUAAAUUAAAAUACAAUAAAAAAUUACAUUAGUUAUUAAAAUUUAAAGUUGUAAAAACUAUGGCUGAAGACACUGGCAAUGCAGAUAAGGAAACAGACAAGAAAAUAGUUCAUGUGUAUCCCUUAGUUAAGUAUUCAGAUAUGAAUGAAGAAAUGCGCACGGAGGCAAUUGAGCUAAGCAUUACUGCAUGUGAGAAGUACUCAUCGAACUAUGAGCAAGCUGCUCGAAUUAUUAAAGAAGCAAUGGAUAAGAAAUUCGGUAUUUACUGGCAUGCUAUAGUUGGAGAGGGCUUCGGUUUUGAAGUCUCAUAUGAAACGAAAAAUAUUUUGUAUCUUUUCUUUGGAGGUAAUCUUGCCGUUGUACUGUGGAAAUGUUCAUGAUAUAUUUGCUGCCAUCUGCUUACCUUGUGUAUUGAACGUUUACAUUAUAAGCCAAAUAAUUCAAACAACAUCGAUUUAUUAAAAAUAAUAAUUUUGCAACAAAUUUAAGUACCUAAAUUGUGUGAAAUCAAAUACAAAAUCACAUUUACAUUAUAAAAAACUUUAAAGGAACUUGUGUGUGCUUCAUAGCUGAACAUUUUUUUAUUUUAAAAUUUAUUGUAUCUAUGAAUUAUUUUUAUAACA